AUGGAUUUUUCACCUGAAAAAAAAUGGCCAAAUGAAACACCAUCAUCAUCGGCAAUUCUCAUUGAUGGGCCAAAUUAUCUCAAACAAAAUCCAGGACGAAUUCGUCAUCAUUUCUUAUUUUCACUUUUUUCGGUUAUUUGCUUAUGUCCAGCAACAGGUCUUAUUGCAUUGGCAUAUUCAUUAAAAAGUUCAGCUAAAGCUGAUGUUAACUUUCAUGAUAAAGCUCGUCUUUAUUCACGUCGUGCUUUAUUCUGGAAUAUUGUAUCAUGUGUUCUUGCUGUUCUUUCAAUUUUUGCGGUUCUCGUCUACUUUUAUCAAUUGAAUGCAAUGUUUCAGCUUUAUGCUAAUCAAUUAAACCCACAAAUGCAGACCAGUGAUGUUGAUAAUACAAUUCGAUCAAUUGCUAAUUAUUAA